UUGUGCAGAGAUGAGUGAAUAAAACCAAUUGCUUGAGAUUAAAAUAUGAUUUAUUUGUGCAGAGAUGAGUGUAUUAAACUAAUUGCAGAGGGUAUAAACAAGGCUCUCGCUGCCACCUCUGGUGUAAAGGUUGUGCUGGAGAACAUGUCUUGCCAGGGGAACACUAUCGGUGGUGAUUUCAACGAGAUCAGGAGUAUAAUGGAUUUAGUUGAGGAUAAAUCUAGGAUUGGAGUCUGUAUUGACACUUGUCAUGGUAGUGAAUAGUUCUUGUAUUUAGGAGUAUAAUGGAUUUAGUUGAGGAUAAAUCUAGGAUUGGAGUCUGUAUUGACACUUGCCACGCCAUGGCUGCAGGAUUUGAUCUCAGUACACAGGCCGGUUUUGAUGGCAUGAUUGAUGAUUUUGAGAGAAUUAUUGGGUUCGAAUGGUUGGUUGCUCUCCAUUUAAAUGAUUCAAAGGGUGAAGCAGGAUGCCACUUGGAUCGACAUGAAACAAUAGGGAAAGGGAAAAUAGGCGUAGAAGGGUUUAAAAGAAUAAUGAAUUGUAAACACUUUACAGAUAUUCCGAUGGUUCUAGAAACUCCAUUCAAUGACGGGAAUCAAUCAUAUACCAAGGAGAUUAAACUUCUUAACAGCCUGUCAAUCACAAGUCAAUAAAUAGACUGGGAUUCCCCGCAGUACUUAGGAUCCUUUUAAUUUUGAUGCGGAUCCGGAUUCUAGAUCCGCACGGGAGAAAAUGGAUCCAGAUUAAAUAAUUUUUUGAAUUGAAAACGA